AUGCUUGCUCCGACUAUGACAACACCACAGUCCUCAUCAGCAGACUCUCAUGAGGUACCAGCACAGGCCUCACAACCGUCGUCGGCCCCGGAAAAUAUGCCACUUCAUGAAGCUCUAGCAUAUAUAGACCCCGACGACAAAACCCCCCAUGACCUUUAUCUUGUCCUGAUAUAUGCAGCGGCAGCGCACUCAGACGUCGCCGAGAUGGUGGACCGCUUCGCCUGCACCCACCGAGACCGGAUUGUCCUCCAGCGUGAAAUGCGUGAGCUGCCAGGUGCUAUGGGGUCAGUGGCCCAAUUCGUGCCAGUGUUGCCGCGACCCCCUCCAGGACGGCCAGGUCGUCCUCACGGCCCCGCGAGACCCAAGGAGGUCAUCGAGGCGGAGAAGGCAGAAAAAGCAGCCAGGAUUGCGGCAAGAAAAGAAGCACAGGGGGCAAGAAAGGCUGGAGCUGUGCGUCGUAAGGUGAACAUCCCAGCAAAGGACAGGAGUUUCACGUAUCUGGUCCGCCAGAUGGAGGAGGAACUUGGGUGGACCGGCAAGUAUGAUGACAGUGGCCCAAAGCAGUAUUGGUCCCAAAAGAAGAAGAGACAGCAUUGGCACAGCAAGGCUGUUGACGUGGAAGCCAACGUGGCCUGGAUGCAGGAGCAACUCCUUCAGAAUAUGACCGACCGCGAGCGUCGGGCUAGGAACGGAGUCGUCGUGGAUGUUGCGACAUUCGGAACCAAGAAGAAUGCAUUGUUUGCGAUGAAGGGCAUCAUAAAUACCAUCUUGGUUGAUACGGGGGAGAUCGGGGCCCAGCUCAGGGAGAACUGGUUCUCUACGUUUUUGGGCAGAUUCAAAAAGGCUCUUGAUUUGCUGAGCCCAGAGGAAUUAGCCAUGCUGAGAAGCGAUGGGAAGUGGGUCAAGGAACUGGGGUUACUGAUUCGAGCCGUCAAAGCGAAAGGGCUCACAGAAGAGGUACUGGAGGAGAUCCUCAUGAGCUUUGCUCCUGGCACUGCGGUUGAAGCCGACUCGAGCAGUGACGAAGAAGAGGGAUCGUCGGGGUCGGAUAGCUCAAACGGGUCGGGGGAUUCCUCUGACGAAGAUUCUGACGGAGCCCUAACGGGAGGGCGAUUCCUCGAACAGGUUCACUUUGAGCAUUUUGAUGCUUCAGAAGCGGAGAGCUUUGAGGAAGAGAGCUCUGAGAUAGGCUGA